CCGAAACACUUGCAGCGACGCGCCCCCACCGCUCCCGCCCCGCGCAUCGCCCUCCGCGCCUUCUGCCGCCACGCUCGUUGAUGACACGCCGGUAACCGCGUCGCGCACUCCCUCCGGGGAAAAGCCGCCCACGAUGGCGCAGAACUACAACCAGUACCCGCAGUCGUACGGGCAGCACCCGCCGCCGGUGCAGACCCAGAACCUCAACCAGCACCCGCCGCGCCCCUUCUCGCCGCCGUCGUACAGCCAGUCGCCGAACGCCAUGUCGCCAACCAUGGGCAGCGGCAUCCCGCCCGCAAAGCGCCAGCGCCUGUCGCCGAACCCGCCGUCGCCCGCGCCCUACCAGUCGCCCUUUGCCGCCCCGUCGUAUCCCAUGUCGCCGUACGCCUCGUCGCCGCAGAACACGGGCUAUCUGUCCCUGCCACAGUCGCCCGCCUCCGCGCAGCCCCCGCCGUUCCACCAGCCGCAGCCGUACCAGCACCCGAAUAACAUGCCGCCGCAGCCCCCGCCGCCGAGCUCUAUGCCGCCGCCAAAGGUGCCCUACAGCAAGGCCACGGACAACGCUGAGCUGGAGAAGGCGAACGCGCGCGACCUGGAUGUUAACAAUAUUAGCGACGUGCUCACCGGCUCCGGCAUCGAUCUGCGCGCCGAGGAGGACAACCUGCUGCACAGCUAUGGAAACCGCAGCGGCUACGGGACGUCGUUCAACUCGCAGGGCACGGGCUCUACCCUCUCGCCUCACGGAAGCUUCAACAACUGGAGUGGGCAAGCCAGCCACGGCGCGUUCCAGGGCACCGGCUCGCUGAGCCAGUCCAUGACGCAGGAGCAGCACGAGGCGGAACUACUGAGGAAGCACGAACAGGCUGCCCGUAUCCUGAACGAGUCCGCCCAGCAGUGUCUGACGGACCCCUUCUGCGAUGCCAACGUGCUCCGCCACCGCAUGGCCCGGCGCGCGUAUGAGAACGGCAUCCAGGUCAACGUCGAUGGUCUGUUCGACAAGAUCCCCGACAAGACCCCGCGCGACAUCACGCGAACGGCGCAGAACGGCGCAAACGGCGAGCAAGUUGUGGGUCUCGAGGCUGCCAGUUUGCUCAACCAAAAUGCUCCGCUCGUUGAGAUCUUGUCAUUACUAUCUCUGGCAGCUGAAGAGCGCAUACGCACAAUCGUCGAGGACUCGUUUGCCCUCAGUCAGGGCCGACAGAACACGUCGCACGGACUUAUUCCACCCGAGAUGCUCGACAUUGCUGUAAGGGAGCCAGAUGCCGAACCAAAGAUGGCUGCACCUACGAAUAUUCUAAAGACGCCGUGGGAGGCACCUGAGAAUGCUGCGAGCCCCACGACGACUGCCAAUAAAGGUCUGCCAAAUAGCGCACGACUGCCUACUCCACCCAGCGAGGCGCCUCCUACACCACAACCUACUCUCCAAAACGUCAACCACGUCGCGGAAGCCUUGAAGAGGCGUGUACUUGAGGAUGAGAAAUUUGAGAAGGAGCGAAUCCGCAGACGCCAGCAACGCCAGCUUGGCAAAUCCGCGGCAGCAGCUGAUGCAGCUGAUAUAGCGCCUCUUCCCAUACCCGAGAAGAUCACCAAGAAGCAGCGAGACGCAAUGAACAAGGCCGGGCAGACAGAAGACGUCCUGCACCGCAAGGCCAACGAAACCGCGGCCCUGGCUCUAGGUGGCGGAAGAAAGAAGAAGUACUCUUGGAUGACAGGAGGCGGUGGUGGAGGCGGCGGCGGCGGCGGCGGCGCUGCAUCUGGCGCCUCGACACCCGCCCGACAGCCCACAGGCACAGGCAGCAGCGGCGCAGCUACCCCAGCUGCCAUCGCUGUCGAAGCGGGGCUGCGGGCCAAGAAGCGCAGCUACGGAGCGCACAUUGAGACGACUGAUAUCGGCGAGAAGAUCCAGAUGCGCGAUCUCAUCCACGUGCUGGAGAACGACGGGCGCGAGAAGAAGACGCUGACGGUGAUUCUGGCGCGUCUGAAGAACACGGACAAGGACGAGGGCCGGGCCAUGGAGCUCGACCGGCGCAUGCCAGGCGCGGCCGGAGUGCGAUAGGCAUCGCUACGGCUGUUCCCCUGCCUGGGCGUGUAUCCCGGGUGCCGGCCGGAUUGUUUGUUGCUGCGGCCCGCGAGUGUUCGCAGGACUACGUGAGCAGACAGUCAGAUAGUCCGACAGCCAGACAGUCAGACAGCACGACACGGGGCAUUUAAAAUUUUCAUCAGCGAUGGCGUUUACCGGGACUGAGGAUGGGUGGGUGUGUUUGGGUCCCAAGGGCUGGGGCUAUGCUUGCAUUCUUCGACGAUAUCUGUAUAAAAGCACGCUGCUGCGUGGUGACUUGAAUCUAUAAGCUUAAUCGCAGGUUGUCAGUGAGUCGAUGCAGUGAGUGCCGUGUCGUGGGUCCAUGAAGUGAGUGCCAAUGUGAAAUGGAUGCUGUCUUGGCUAGGCACGAUCAAUUGACGUUGUGAAGUACUGCAGGACCUCGAUGGACUACAGUACCCACCUUGAUUGACUACAGUACACACCUCAAUAACCAGGUGUCGA